AGGCAGCAAGCCGAAGCACUGACACAACAAAUGGCCGCUGAGAGAGAAAACACAGAAUCAACACUGAGGCAGCUCACCGAAGAGAAAGCCCAGCUCCUCACCAACCUUGAUCUUCUCUGCGAGCAGAAAUCUCAACUUGAGGCUCAACUCAGUGAGCUGGCAAGCAAGCUGAAUCAAGCAGUGGAGGACAAACUUCAGCUGGAAGAAACCAAUGAUCAACUGAUGGAAAAGAAUGUGGCGCUGAAGUCCAGUGAAGCCCUGCUGAUGGAGGAGAAGCAGCGGAUCCAAGCAAGCGAAGGGAUGCGUGAUAACAAGCUGGCUUCUCUGCAAGAGGAAAAGGAACAUAUCCAAAACCUCCUCCAGUCCUCUGAACAGGAGUGUCACCUGAUGAAGGAUCAACUUCAAAUGACAGAAAAGCGGAUGGAGGAGAACAGAGCCAGGAACCAGCAGUUUGAAACAGAGCAGGCUGAACUGCACCAGAAGUUGUCAUGCUUACAACAAGAGCUGAGUGUAUUAAAGCACCAGUAUGACUUGUUGCUGGAGCAAGUGGGCCAACAAAACCAUCUCAUACAGCAGCUCCAACGGAGCCCCCAAGAAAACUUGAGCCCCGCAGAGCCUGAAGAGGCAGACAUGACUGCGGAGGCAGCAAGCCACAUUGAUGUUGAAGCCACUGUGGAACCAGCAUUAAAUUCAUUGACAGGAAAUGAGGCCAAAUUGGAGGAACUGUCAAUUCAACCUGAUGAGUCCCCCAGUGAAACGGAACAAAUCCUUGAGCCGGAUGUAAUCCAACCAGAGAUGAUCGAGGAACAUGUGGAAGAAGACAGAGAUGUAUGUAUCGAAGUUAGACACCAAAUGCAGAUAAUCGACGGGAAACUAUUUGAUCAGGUAUAAGA